AGGAGAGCGCCAGCUCAGCGGAAGUCGUCAGAUGACGUCAGCAGCGUCCAGCAUCCCUUCGAGCGGGACUUUGGUCUCUGAAAACAAAACAAAACAACAACAAGAAGAACAAAAGAAGAAGAAGUCACUUCAGUCACUUUAACUCAGAGAAGCUGCUCGUUGUUUUUUCCUCCACAUGGCUCUACAGAUAGAAGCGGAUUUACCAGCUGAACUGGCAGGUCUCAAAGAUGUCGAUGCCCUGCUACGAUGUCCCAUUUGUUUCGACUUCCUCAACAUUUCAAUGAUGACUAAAUGCUCACACAACUUUUGCUCCUUGUGCAUCAGAAAAUUUCUUUCCUAUAAGUUGCAGUGUCCACUUUGCAAUACACAAACAACAGAACAAGAUCUAAGAAACAACCGUUUAUUGGACGACUUGGUCGCAACCUUUAAAGCUACAAGGCAGCAGUUGUCAAAAGUAACUUUUGACUCUCCUCCGAUUUCACCAAAGACUCCAGCUUCAGCUGUCAAAUGCAGAACUCCUAAAGAGAGGGGGCAGAAGUGUACCAGCUCAGUUUUAAAUCACUUUUUCCAAAAGAGGCCAAAAGCAUCUCCCGCAAAAGAAAGCCAGCAUGACAGUUCUGUUGCUCAGCGCGUUCAGCGGGGGGAAAUGCAGACUGCACGCACCCACAAUGCAAAUGACGCCGACCUACAUUCAGCAGCCGCUCAGCUUCCCGUGGUUGUGAAGGAAGAGCCGAUGGAUGUGAAGGUGGCAUCCAUUCACAGUCUGAUGUCAGCCAAACAGGAGGACACGGGCGCGCACACUAAUAGCAGUUGGGAUGAGAAGGCACAUUCCUCGUCACCACCACAAGACGUAAAGCCUGUAAUCAAAGUGGAUUGCCCUGUGUGUUCCGUAGGCGUGUCGCAGCAGUUCAUCAACAAACAUCUGGACGCGUGCCUUUCCCGAGGAGAGAAGAAGGAAAGCUUGAGGAGCUCCCUUGGCAAGGCGAGGCGUCCGAUGGCAAAGCUGGUGUACAACCUGCUUUCCAUGCAUGAGCUGAAAAGAAGGCUUAAGGAGUGUCACCUCUCAGUGCAGGGCUCUCGAGACCAGCUCAUCAAAAGACACCAGGAGUUUGUCCACAGAUACAACGCCCAGUGUGAUUCCCUAAACCCCAAAUCAGCUGAAGAUAUUGCCAAAGAGUUGGAGGCCAAUGAGAAGAUCAGGAAUCAACUCCAGGGCAAAACCAAACCCGUCAUGGUUUUUUCAAAGAAUCAAUCUGAGAAGGAGAUUGAUGAAAUGCAUUCAAAUUAUAGGAAGCAGCACAGCAGUGACUUUUCCCGCCUGAUCGCCCAGGUUCGAGGUCGCCUAGAGACCAGCAGACCGACUCGUAUCAAACAGGACGUUAUAGUGGAAGGAAAGGAUGCACCAAAAACGCACUGUGCAGUUGCAGAGUCACAAAGCUGCUUCGUGAUGAAGUUGGAAGACGAAGAAUCUGACAAGGAGAAAUCUGUGAGGAGAAUCGAAGUGCCACCCAGCCCGACUUAUAGUGACGUGUCUAUCAGCAGCUCUGUUUCAGACAUCUUCGGUCCAGAGCCCGCCGUUACCUUUGAAGACACACCGAGGACCCCUGUUCAUAAGCGAACAUCCAGCUCGAGAGGAGACGACGCAGCUUCGCCGCCUGUGCUUGGAAAACGCCGGCGUAAAAAGUAACGAGAAAUGGAGGAGACCAGAAGAUCUCUCGUCUCUUUUUAAUCAGAAGUUUUGACUGACUUUGAAGCAUAUCAAGAAAUGAUUUUUUUUUUAUGCACAUUCCUGUCCGGCAUUUCAUGACUUGCACUGUUGACCUAACUUACUACUUCUUGGUAUAAAUAAAUGUUUCAUAUUUUCA